AGCAAACCCAUUUUAAGCCGCUAACGGGGAGCUGUCGCAGCAUCUUUGGUCUUCGAUUUCGACCCGAUGAAGUUCAGCUGAGCAGUCUGAGCUUGAAUCGGCAGCUAUGAAGCUUCAGCUCCAUCGUUGCCCCACAAACACAGUCGCUUCCUCGGCACUUAGAUGGGUCUCACGAGCCGUUCCCCGCAGCCUUCAGGGUGCUUCGAAGGCCGAACCAAGAUGCGAAGAGCUCAGAGCGAAGCUGCUCGACAGAAGAUGGGCAUUGCUCAGCCCAGACUCUCAGAUUCAGAGAAUAUUGUUGUCUUCUAAGCUAGCACGAAAUGGAGAUGGAUUGGUCCCGCAGAGGUCGCGGUCCAACGAUAAUGAUCCUUCCCUGGAAGGUGGAAUAGUGGAGAACGAUUCCCAAGUCCCGUCAUUCUACAUUGUGAGGGAUGACUUGAUUCAUCCCUUAGUGAACGGCAAUAAGGCGAGGAAGUUAGACGCGUUGCUACCUUUCUUGGAGGAUCAUUCAGUGACAGAUGUGGUUACUUGUGGCGGUUGUCAGAGUGCCCAUGCUGCAGCUGUCGCUGUUUCGUGUGCAGAGAGAGGUCUGAGAUCACAUUUGCUUCUUCGAGGGGAGCAGCCUGAUGUUCUGACCGGCUAUAAUCUGAUCUCAACCAUGUACGGGAAUGUCACCUACGUACCAAGAUCUCUUUACGCUGAUAGAGAAGAAAUGCUUAUUAGACAUGCAGGUCUAGUGGCAGGUAGCAGUGGAUUGGUUGUAUCUUUGAAUGAUAUGCUGGAGGCUCCAUGGAUCAAACAAAAAGGUGGGAGGAAGGUGGCAAUUGUAAAUGAAGGUGCUGGAGAUUCGUUGGCAUUAUUAGGGAUGAUACGCCUGUUGUGCUACCUUUCGGAGAAUCACUUGUUUGGAAAAGAGAGGACUGUGAAGUUUGUUGUUGAUGCGGGAACUGGGACCACAGCUGUUGGUUUAGGCCUCGGAGCCAUUUGUCUUGGGCUCCCUUGGGAAGUGACUGCAGUGAUGCUUGCUGAUUCGAUUGAACAGUACAGGAAAAGGGAGCUACAGUUGAUCUUUGACUUCAGAAGGCAUUUUGGUUUCAAUCUCGUGCAUUGCUCAAAUAGAAUGGACAAUGGGGUUGUGACCUGGGUAGAACGUCAUCAACCGAGGAAGUUCGGGAACGUGAUAGACCGCGAGCUAGAGGUAUGCCAACAAAUCGCACAACAGACGGGCAUUCUAGUUGAUCCAAUCUACACAUUGGCAGCGUGGGAACUGGCAACUUCACUCAGCGAGAAGGAAGAGAGAGGCGGCGCUAAUGUGGUCAUGCUUCACACAGGGGGAAUGCUGGGCAUGUUCGGACUAGCUCAGCGGUACAAGUCCCAUUUCCGGACACUGAAAGAUCAAUCAAACGGCUGAGUAGUGAGAGAUACAGUCAUGUUUUUAUACUUCCCCGACAGGAAAGAGUUUUCCAGAAUGAUUAACAAAAGAUAUAAACAAAUGCUGCUCCUAAGGACUGAUAUUGAUGGCUCAUGAGAUGUUUCUGGUUUGAAAUGUACCCGCGUUGCUGUUGGAGAAACUGGGCCAAUCUUGCAUCGGUUGCCUCUUUUCUUUCUCCAAGUUCUAUUAAGGGAAAUGCACGAAAGGCCUCGCACUCGA